UUUUCGACAGCCUAAUGCAUGUUGCACAUUUCGUGUUCUCCAAGGACGACGGCCCGACCAACCUAAAUGAGCGGUCCUCCUGCAUUCAGAUGCACUGUGCUCGGAUGCACCAACGGGCGGUCGCAACGACUUCGAAAUAAAUUUAUUACCAAUCUGUUUUAUAAUUUAUUUUUAUUUUGACUCGGUUCAUUUUUCAAUUCCGACACCGCUUAAAUCGUUUGAUUAUUUUAUUAAAUAUAAACUAUCAAUUUUUCUAUUUCAAUAUUUUUUUUUUUUUUAUUAUUAUUAUUAAUGUAAUCAUCGUAAUUGUUAUUCAUCCGCAGUGUGAGUUCGUUUGUGCUCGUGAUUAUUCUAAUUCUAUAAAAGCGAAUUUGGUUUUAAUUUUUUUUUUCGUUAUUAUUUUAUUAUUAACUCCGUGUUUACGUGAUCGUGUUCGUGCAAGUGGAAAACCAUUUUUUUUUUAGUCAUUGAACUCUACAGUUAUCACUUUUCGUACGUCGCCUCACAUAUACUCGGCGGCCAAAAGCUUUCAGAAACGGGUUAGAAAGGAUCGCUGAAGAGUUAAUGGGAAGAAGAAAAUGGCACCAGUAUCAAGAUAUUUUAACCAAAAACUAUUUACUGGAAGAAGAAUUGAUGGACCGGAGAGAAUGGGUUCCCGUAAAAUCUUUUAAUUCAUGUGAUGUGAACACAGACCUAAGUGUAGCGGAUCAGUUACCUGCAGAGCUGGAGCCAUCGUCUGAAACGGGAAGCUUGAGCGGCGGCAGUCGCAGCGCAGAGAGUCCGGAACCGGAGCCGGGCAGACGGCCGUCGUCCACUCCGCCACCGGCGGCUUCAGAGCCGUAUCGCGCCGAUGACCGGUCGCCACCACCGCCACUGCUGCUGCUCCCCAACGCCUCAUCCGCGGCCGCAGCCGCAAUGGCAGCAGUCGCGUCGCUGAACAACUCGUCUCCCUCGUCGGCGACCGCAGCACCGGCGGCGGCCGGACCUCCAUCGCCUGGCGCGUUGGACGCUGCGGCCGCGGCCGCCGGCCUGCCCAGAUGGCUGCUGGCCGCCGCCACGCUGAGGCUGCAAGAGACCACGGCCGCCGCAGCCGCUGCCGCCGCAGCCGCAGCAUCAGCUGCCGCGGCCGCAGCCGCUGCGUCCGCAAGCGGCAGGUCACCGGCCGACCCACACCACCACCGCCACGGCCAGCCGCAGCACCACCACCAACAGCCGCUCGACCAGCCGCUCGAUCUCAGCGCCAAGAGCAGCAGCAGCAAUAGUAACAGCAAUAGCAACAACAAUAACAACAACGGCUCGGCGACGGGCAACGCGUCAUCUUCGUCCGCGACGUCCACACCGACGUGCCCGAGCGCUUCGUCCACGCCGUCGUCCGAGCUGAAAAACGUGGCCAACGCGGCCGCCGUCAACCCGUUCACGCCAGAUCUCAUAGCUACGGACAUGAUGAACAAACUUCACAACCUAAUACCGAGCCCGUCCACGUUCCUACCGCACCAAUCGCUCAAUGCAAACCCGUCGCUCAACGCCGGCAACCGGAACGUGUUUAAGUUGAAGACAACAAAACAAACCAGUCACAUGGCCGGGAGGAAGACGUACACGGAGGACGAGCUGCAAGCCGCGCUCCGGGACAUUCAGAGCGGUAAGCUGGGCACGAGGAGAGCGGCUGUCAUAUACGGUAUCCCGAGGUCGACGCUCAGGAACAAGGUGUACAAACAACUGGCACUGGAACGGGACAGCGGUGGAGGUAUCAGGGACGUGUCGGCUGGCGUGGAUGACCCUGGUACAGUGGUCAGCGCCGAGCUGCUAGAAGAGGACGACGAGGACGACCGAGACACGACGUCCGCGGGUGAAGACGAUUUCAGCAAAUCGACAACGGACAACAGGGAGCACCACCAACAACACCACGUACACCAACCACCGCAUCGCCAGCAGCAGCCGCAGCCGCAGCAGCAGUCGAACCGCGUCCCGCAACCCGCCUGCAGGCAGUCCGCGACGCCGUACAUGACCAUCGAAGAACUGAUCCGGUUAUCGACGGAACAGCAGCAGCAACAGCAGGCCGUGCCUUCCACGGAAACGCUCCGGUUGUUCCUGCAGCACUACACCAACAAUAAACUGAGGACGGAAUAUCAUCACGGCGGAGCGGACGGCACGGCGGAUACCGUGCGGCGGUCACCAUCUCCGUCGGCCGCCAGGUUGCCGCAACCACCCGUGACCGCGGACUUGUGGCCCGCAGCGGCCGCGGCCGCCGCAGCCGCCGUGGCGUUGGACCCGCAGCACAUGGGCACGUACCUGGCGCAGCUGUUGUCCCAGUCGGUGGCGAACGCGUCGCCGUCAGCCGCGCUCGGCUCACCGCACUUACCCGCGCGCGACAGCCCGCCACCGCCACCGCAGCAGCAGCCGUCCCAGCACCAACAAGACUUUCUUAAAGAAUUCACCGUCAAGGAGAUGAUGCGCAAGAUGCUUGAUGAUGAGCAGCAGCGGUAUGGUGUCAAGUCGUUGGACCCGAGACGGUGGCCGUCGAACGGGUGCAGCUCGUUCGAACCGAUGGACACGGGUCGCAGCAACGACGACGACUCGAAUCAGUCCGUCAUACUGAAGGUUCCGCAGUAUAAGCCGGUGCCCGGGGCCAAGGGGUCCGAAUACGAAGCGGCCGGUGGCCGGGAACCGCGGUCCCCGGGACGCGCCAACAGCGUGCGGAGCGAUACGUCCUCGCCGCCCUCGUCGUCCGGCGGCGGUGGUGGUGGUGGUGGUGGCAAACACUCGAUCAACAUGAGGGAAGUGAUUGCAAAAAGCAUCACGCAUAAGUUCCAAUCGGCGGCCGAUCAGCCGCUGCCACCGCCUAUACCCGCGGUCGAGUCAUUCGCCCGCGCCUACCAUCAGUACCAGCAACAGCACCAGCACCACCAGCAGCAGGGCAUGCCCUCGGCCGUAGCCGCUGCUGCAGCCGUAUUCGGGUCAGGCAGUCCCGUAAUGGUCAGGAACCAUAACAACAACAACCUGCUGGACGACUGUCGGAAACGGGUGCCCACGCCUACCAAGUCCGCGUCGGUCGUGACUAAUUCGUCCAGUGGCGGCAGCGGCUUUCACGUGGGUGGCUCGUCGUCUUCGUCAUCGUCCAAUUCGGCGGCGGCGGCUGCGGCUGCUGCGGCCGCGGCGGCGGCGGCCGGUGGCAAGGGCACAAGACCGAAACGUGGCAAGUACCGGAACUACGACCGGGACAGCCUUGUGGAGGCAGUGCGCGCAGUGCAGCGGGGCGAGAUGAGCGUGCACCGGGCCGGCUCGUACUACGGCGUGCCGCACUCGACGCUCGAGUACAAGGUCAAGGAGAGGCAUCUGAUGCGACCCAGGAAACGCGAGCCGAAGAACCCGCCAUCCGCGUCUUCGGUGUCCUCCGUGGUCACCGAACAGGACCGGAAGAAAUCGUCGUCUGACCUGCCGUCGUCGUCGGUCCGGUCAGCCGUAGAUAAGGCAUCGUCCACGACACCGCUAGCCGCCAAGCUCCCCACGCACGUGUUCCCGUCGCAACAGCCGCCGCCUCCGCCACAGCUGCAGGCGCCCAAUGGGCUGAAGAUGUUCGACGCCGGCGGCCCGGUAGGUCCAUUCCAGCCGUCGUUCCCGUUCUGGGCCCCGAACCCGUUUCACGUUCCCAUCGACUUUGCACGCGGCUCGGUGAGCUUCCCACCCAUCUCGAUGAUGCAGCGCAUGCCGGCCGAAUCGCGAUUGCAUCAUCAUCACCAAGCAGCCGCGGCCAUCGCCAGCCUUGGCAAAAACGCACGCGAGGUAGCCGAAAAUCUGUACGACGGUACGGACAACGGCAGUUUCUUGGACGGCAUCAUACGGUCCAGCCUGGAAACUGGACUCAAGACGGCCGCCGCAGCGGCUAAGGCCCAGGCGGCCGUUAAGGGAUCGUCCGGGGCCGGUGGCGACGACAGUCCGGAACGCAUAGACGACCGGUCGCUAGCCGACGAGAACGGCACAGGCCUGUACGCUGAGGACCGUGCGGCAACGCCACAAUCCUGCAGGGACUCUGCCACGGACAGCGAUGGAGACGAGAAGCAGCAGCAGCCGCCGGGACCGGAUUCGCCGGCCGGUCCGGAACAGCUGAACGAUGCAGAACAAAACAAAGCUGUGGGCGACCGGACGUCGGAUUUUUCGCCGGAACAUGUGGCCGAAACGGAAAACGGCGACUAGACCAUGGCACCGUAAUGAGGUAAUGAAACGAUUCGUUUGUAAUAAAUAAUUGGGAACAAUUCGAUUAAGUAAUCAUUCGCAUAUUAGUAUAAAUAUGAAUGUGAAUAAUAAGUGGUGUGUAUGUAUACACGUGACAGUAUGUGUAAAUUGUUGUACAGACUCUUUACGAUCGACCAUUAAGUUUAUACUCAUAGAAUUAGACGAACGGUAGGUUUUUGUUUGUUUGUUUUGCAUUUCAUUUUAUUUUUCGGUAACUUAUUCUAUAAAAAAAGAAAAAAAAAUGUAAUCGGUUAGUGCAAUUUUUACUUAGAACAUCAUAAUUCGUUAAAUUGCUGAUGGUAAUGAAAACCAAACAUUUGUUAUCUAGCGGCGACUUUGUGAUAAAAAAAAAAAUUAAAAAAAUGUUAUAUUCGUUUACGUUGUGUUUUUUCUUUUGUAAUUUAUGAAAAAAAAAAUAUUUACGUUUUCUAAAGUAAAUUUUAUUGCACUACGCCAUAGUAGUUUAAAUCUACAAAUAUUUUUGGUUGUAAAGGUUCACCCAUAUAUUUUAUUGUAAAUAAGUAAAAAA